AGUAUCAGAUAUUUGGUUCAUUUUUUAACCCGCGACCAGAAACAUGGCAUCUUUCAAUGGUUCAUAUCUAGUUAUAGUAUGUUGAAAAACAACCUUCAAAGCAAGUACACUUUAUUUUUGCUCUUGCAAACACCUUCAAAGAGGAGUUGCCAGCUAGAGAAAUAAUAUCUACCAACUGAUGGAUUCCAAAGGACUUGCUUGUUGGAAUCUCCUCUUUCAUCUGUUAAUUGUUCUGGGAACUUGUGAUUUUGUCCCCGUUGAUGGUACUAAUGCAAUCAGGCAUCAGCGCAUGGAUGUCAAUAAUCCUCAGAGAAAUAGCAAGAGAGAUCAUGUUGCUCACGUCCAAGAAAAGAUGUCAAUGCAUGAUCAUUCUCACUCCUCAUCCCACGGGAUGCAUCAGAUGGAUCCAACUACAACCGUGUUUUUCGUUUUUGAUGAUCUCAAGUUAGGCAAAACAAUGAGUAUCCUUUUCCCUGACGGAGAUCCUAGUCCUUGUGGCCGUCUCCUUUAUCUCUGGCGCUACGCGAGAACAAGCCGAUCCUAUGCCCCUUUUCAUUGGCAAACUGCCACAGAAAUUCUUCAACACUUUUCAUUUUCUCAAGGAUCUCGAAAGGCCUAGGUGAUGGAAGAUACACUCCGAGCAUGCGAGACUAAGCCUAUCAAGGGAAAAUCCAAGGCUUGUGCCACAUCCUACGAGUCAUUGGUAGAUUUUGCAC